CUCUCCCUAUUCCUCCUUCAUUUAUUUACACACAUGAAUUUGGCUACUCUUAUUUGUUCAAAUUCUUCACUAUAAUCCGUCUUUGUCUACAGAAUUUAUUGUUCAGUGUUUGUGCGUAUGCUGUUUACACUUGAUCUGCUAGCUACUUCAUUUUCAACUUUCUCUUUUACUUUUUAGAUUCGCUGUUGUUUUUUCCUUUAUUUUUUUAGUUUUUUAGUUUUUCUUGGCCGAGACAUUGACAUUUACUAUGAUUCGCUUGAGCGUGGGAGAAUUGGGAUAUGGGUUAUCAAGAAUUUAACAAAAGGGGUACAGGCUGUUUUCUGGUCAUAAAACCUCAAGACCUGCCUGCUACCGUAUUUCUAUCUGAAUUGUUGAGGAAAGUAAAUUUGCCAACCGUUAAAGAUGCAGAAUCAGGAUGGGCAAGCUGUGGAACCUGAAACGGAGACCGUAACAUCAUUGCCAACCUCUGAGACCAAUGACUGGGCAAAUUAUAGGGAUGAUGAGGUUAUGCAGCAGCAUUCCGCCAUACAGGCAGAGGAAGCUGGGAAAAUCCCAUUUGUUGGUGACAAGGAGCCUCUCUCAUCUUUAGCAGAUGAAUACAAGUCAGGAAACCCAAUUUUGUUGGAGAAAAUUAAGGUUCUGACCGAACAGUAUGCUGCCAUCAGGCGAACACGGGGAGAUGGGAAUUGCUUCUUUCGUAGCUUCAUGUUUGCUUACCUGGAGCAUAUUCUGGAAUCACAAGAUCGUACAGAAAUUGAUCGCAUCGCAGUAAAUGUGGAGCAAUGCAGGAAGACACUUCUCAGCUUGGGCUAUGCAGAAUUUACUUUUGAAGAUUUUUUUGCGCUGUUCCUUGAGCAACUUGAAAGUGUUCUUUCAGGGAAAGAAGCUUGCAUAAGCCAUGAGGAACUUCUACAGAGAAGUAGAGAUCAGUCUGUGUCUGACUAUGUUGUGAUGUUCUUUAGAUUUAUUACAUCUGGUGAAAUAAGGAAGCGUUCGGAGUUCUAUGAACCAUUUAUUCAAGGAUUAACUAAUACCUCAGUGGAGCAGUUUUGCAAAUCAUCAGUGGAGCCAAUGGGCGAAGAGAGUGAUCAUGUUCACAUUACUGCACUGUCAGAUGCACUGGGCGUGCCAAUCCGCAUAGUAUAUCUUGAUCGCAGUCAUGAUGAUAAAGGUAGCGUGAGCGUAAACCAUCACGAUUUCACUCCCGUUGUGCACGAGGUCACUGAUGCUAAUACCGGUGGUAUUGUGGCACUUAAACCAUUCAUUACCUUGCUGUACCGACCCGGUCAUUAUGACAUUCUGUACCCAAAAUAACUUGUUUUUACCAGUACCGAAUAAAUUGGUGGCUGGUAAUAAUGGAAGCUUCUUGUGUGGAUUUAGUGGGGUGAUGUUUUCUUGAUGAUGACUUUUUAGAGUUAAGCAAAGUGGUGAUAUAUUAGGCUAUCUAAUGAAACAGGAAAACCUUGGAAAUCCAAACCUCUUUCAGCUUUGCUUACUACUAAUCAAGUGGUAAACUUUGGCA